CGUUUCUACCCACCCUUCGUCGUCUCAUUCUUCCAGUGCCUUCCAAUAAAGACUGAUGUCCUGUUCAACAGACAAGGACUCCUUGUAAUCGACAUUCUUCCCUCAGUGUGACUUAAACAAUGCCACUUUAUUUGGCUUUAUUAAUAACACCAGAGCCGAGGUCCACCAGCUUAUCCUGCCUCAUAAUAAUGCCGUCACAGAAUGAUGCCGUUUCUGUUGAGAUUAUUGAAAUUUAAACGGGAAAAAUCUGAGCCAAGAUUCUCUAUACCUGUUACUCUCUCUAUUCUAUUAAUUAGACCUUAACACUCAGGUUUCUACUGUCAAACCAUGAGUCGAGAGGACAUUUCCACACAUUUAAGAAAGAAGCACAUCAAACUUGUCUUAAAAUGAAGGACUUGUAUUACUGGUUUUAAUCGAACACUAACUGUGAACUGGAGAGAAGUGAUCUAAAUGCUCAGAUGAAUGUGAAUCUGGUAGGGUCCAAAAUUAACGCUCGCCAUGUGCCAAAUGUGCAUAUAAAUUGGGUUAAUAAAAAGCAAAUACAUUUUGCAGACACUUUUAUCCAAAGUGACUUUGAUUGUUUUUUAAUCGGUCAGUGUGUUCCCUGAGAAUCGAACCCAUGACCUUGGCAUUGCUAGUACAAUGCUCUGCUGUUUGAUCUACAGGAUUGCGAAUAAAGCUAUUAGGAAUGUGAAAUUAAUACAUGAUUUAAAUUGAAUUGUAAGACUGACUCUCACUGCUGAAAGAUGCCAAGCCUGCUAUAAAAAGGUUCUAAAACCAGCAAGGUUGGCUGGUCGUAGCUGCUCCCAUCCUGGCUAAACUGGUCACGCUGGUCUCCCAACCUGACCAGCUAAAGAGAAGGUUAAACCCCCUCGAAACCGGCUAAAAUGAGCCAACUAUCUUAGGCUGGUUUCAGCUGGGGGGGGUUUCUUCUUUUUUCAGACAACUGUCCUGAUUGGAUCAAAUAAUUUUUCCCUCUGUGAAUAUAAAACGGUUCAUGGCCAUUAGGAAUUGUUUGUGGCCAUAAACUGAGAGGUGUGGCAAAAGUUAAUUUCUGACCCUGCUUCCUCAGUAGCUCUGUUAUGUUUUAAAAUUUGUAUGAUGCUUUUGGACACAUUUGCAGGAGAAAUGUAUAUGAAGCAAGUUUUGCUCUCAUAAAAAUGGUAUUUGAACAUAAAGGACUAUUCAGCCUUCUAGAGUAGAAGAAUGUCUUUGACUUCACACUGCAGGAUCCAAGCAGUUUAAUGCUCUCUUACACAAAACAGAAGACACCAUGAGCUCCAUUCACUGCAGAGCCACGACUCUCAACACACUCUGCUGCCUUUGAGACUUAGACCACUUUUGAUUUGUUUUGCACUGGAGGGCUGGAACGGUGUGUGUGUGUGUGUGUUUGUUUGAAGAGGAACCACUCAUGCGAGCACAGGAGAACUGAGAGACUAACAGAAUUUGGUUGCAUGAUGGGCUCACAGGGUUCUUUGCUGAAGAGCGUUCUUUGCAGCUAAAGUCAUAUAUCUCAGUAUGGAAGCGUUCCGGACUGAAGCAAGGAUGAGGAAAAUCUGACUGACAGAAGACACAGGAAUCUAGCACUCGCACCGUCUUUAGACCAAAAUCACUGACUGAUUUUUUUUACUGGAGUGCUGAACGAUGUUUCUGCUGGCUGUGCUCUGUGUGUUUUGCAUCUGGAGUUCAGCAACACUGACCGGCGGAUUGGGAUCGACGCCGAGUACCAUACCUCGCAAAACAGUGCCAAUUAGUAGUUAUGGGGGACGUUUGUUUCAUGAGGAGGGUGUUUUGAAUUACACCACUAUGCUUGUGAGGGAAGAUCUCAACAUGCUCAUCCUGGGUGCCAGGGAGGCCAUUUUUGCCCUCGACCUUGAUGACAUUGCAGUCAAAAAGGCCAUGGUGAAUUGGCCAGUCACAAAUAAGGAGCAAAUAGACUGCUCCAAUAAGGGAAAAGAUGCUACAAAUGACUGCAAAAAUUAUAUCAGAAUUCUUCAUAAAAGAAACGAUGACAGAAUGUAUGUUUGUGGAACCAAAGCAUUCAUCCCAACCUGUGACUAUAUGUCCUAUGCAGAUGGUAGUCUGACUUUAGAGGGCAAACAAGAAGAUGGGAAGGGGAAAUGUCCAUUUGAUCCUUCUCAGCGAUACACAUCAGAGAUGGUUGAUGGAGUAUUGUACUCUGCCACUUCAAUGAAUUUUCGGGGUUCAGAGCCGGUUAUGAUACGCAGCUCAGAGGAAUACAUACGGACAGAGUUUUCAAGCACCUGGCUCAAUGAACCAAAUUUUGUCCACAUGGCCCACAUACGGGAGGGAGAAUUGAACCCAGAGGGGGACGAUGACAAGAUCUAUCUGUUCUUCAGUGAGACAGCAGUGGAAUAUGACUCCUACACCAAGAUGGACGUCUCUCGAGUAGCUCGAGUGUGCAAGGGAGACUUGGGUGGGCAGAGGACGCUGCAGAGGAAGUGGACUUCUUUUCUAAAAGCAAGGCUCGACUGUCCCGUUCCAAACAACAACCUGCCUCUUCUGGUCCAGGAUGUUUUCCACUUGUGCCCUGGUGACUGGACCACCUGCGUGUUUUACGCUGUCUUUUCCCCACAAUUAGACUCCACUCAGUACUCCGCGGUAUGUGCAUACAAAAUCGAAGACGUCAAGGCCGUGUUCUCAAAGGGCAAGUUUAAGGCUCCUGUUACCGUCGAGACGUCGUUCGUGAAGUGGGUGAUGUACUCAGGUGAUGUCCCCGAUCCCCGACCCGGAGCAUGCAUUGAUAAUCAUGCCAGAGAAAUGGGUUUCACCAAAUCUCUGGAGCUGCCAGAUAAAACCUUGCAGUUUAUUAAAGACAAGCCCCUGAUGGACCAGGCUGUCAAGACCAGUGGAGAGAAACCCCUGCUGGUGAAGAGAGGCGCUGCUUUCACUAGAAUUGUGGUGGCCACAGCGACAGCCGUGGAUGGGACCACUCAUCAAGUCAUGUUCAUUGGCACAAAGAGCGGUUCAGUGCUGAAAUCUGUGAAUUAUGAUGGCGAGAUGGUCAUUAUGGAAGAGAUUCAGCUAUUUGGGCCCUCAGAGCCAGUGAAGAUACUGCGACUUUCCAACACCAAACUGUACGUGGGUUCGGAUGUGGGCGUGGUUCAGCUGUCCAUCAAUGAAUGUGGGCGGUACCACACGUGUCUGGACUGUGUUCUGGCCAGGGAUCCGUACUGUGGCUGGGACCUCAAUGCUGACCAAUGCUCUACCAUAAACAGCACACACAGAAACAGCACUGUGAUUCAGAGUUUGAGUUAUGGUGAUGCCAGCCAAUGUCCACAAAUAGAUGACAGUAAGUCAGUCAGCAUCUCGUUUUCCCACGGCAAUACCGUGAAGCUGUGGUGCCAGCCUUAUUCCAACCUGGCACAGGUUCAGUGGCAGCUGAACAGACAACCCAUCAAAGCAUCAAACACCUUCCAGGUCCUCUCCGACAGCCUGAUGAUCUUCAACGCCUCCGCAGACACCAGCGGCCGCUACACCUGCAGCUCUGUAGAGCGGAAUUACAAAACCCAGCACGUGGCAUAUGAUCUAAAAAUGUGGUCAGCAUCCGGGACUACAGCAUUACUACACGACGUUAAGGAAAAAGAAAACACACUUGUGGCCAUGGUGGUGUUGUUGUCACUAAUUCUUUCUAUGCUAGCAAUUUGGAACCUGUACAAAGGGCAUUUUCCUUUGCCGUUUUGCCACAGGAGGGUAAAGGACACGGAGAACAGGGGUGAACAAAGUCUGUAUGAGAACCAGCCUCCAGAACAUAAAAUAGCAUCAUCAACGGUUAACUUGAACAGCAACAACAACCAUGUGAACAACCAGAGGUACUCCAGCUCUAGAGAAACGGACAGACUCUCAACCACUGUUGGUUCCUCAGGUCAGAUCACAUUGAAAUAUAUAGACGAUGAAUCUGAGAUUUGAGAUUUUUAUGCACAGACUUGCUAAUGCAGCUAAUCGUCAUUUACAUGCAGACCAAGCCCACUGAGGCUGGCUCCUCUUUUGCAGCUGUUAACUCUUGACUAAACCCUUUGUUUUGACCUACUUUUUGUUCUUGAUGAAUCCUUACCUUCACUUCUAAAUGGCAUCGUUCAACCAUCAUACUCCAACAUGUCCAAUGGACAAAAAAAAACACUGAUUCAGACUUUUUUGCAAAAGGUCUGUCUACAUUGCAGCUUACUUUGGCCAAGAAUCACCAGAGUACUUUUCAAGGACAGUCAAAUCACUUGGUGGUCGUAUUUGCAACGCCACCAGGCAGCUAUUUCAGUCAUGCAAAACCAACUCCUAUCUACUUGAAUUGGGAAGUAGUGAAUCUUAAAAACUGCUUGGCAAUAUUUCAACAUUCUAACAUGAACUGCCUCAUAAAUGCUGUUUCAUUUCUUAAAAUAGCGUUACAUUAAAACAUGUGCUACGAGCGAGUUUUAGGACCCUGAGUGUUUCUGUGUGAACCAGAGCAUCUUCAUUCUAAUGUAACAACUUUACCAAUUGGCGAUUGGCUGUUUUAUUUAUAAGCCAUGACUUACUAGCAGGGCUGUAGCUGGGGUUUGCGGGCCCCCAGUGCGAGUUGUACCAAUGGGCCCCGUUUGAAAUUGUUUAAUUUGUAUGUUCGUGCUAUUUAUUUAUUUGUUCUAUUUACACAGUUGUUUUUUUUUUGUUUUUUUUUUCAAGUUUGUAGGUGUCCAGGUACAGAAACUGAAUAAUCAAAUGUGAAAUAGCACUGCAUAGUCUUCACUGUAAAAAAUUAAAUAUACAGUCAAACAAAAAUGUAUUCAGACACCUUCAACAUUUCUCACAUUAUCAGAGUUUAUUUGCUAUAGUUUAGAAAAUGGUAAUAAAAUAUGACAAGAACUCAGUUAAACUGUGUCAGAACAAAUUCAUCUUGAUAAUGUCAGAUAACUUUGAUAGAAAGGUAUGUAACCGAUUACAAUCAACCAAAAAUUCAGACAACUGUUAGUAUGACAAUAUUUACACAAUUAUCAAUACUUUGUUGACCAAUUACCAAGCAAUGCUUAAUUUUGUUCAGUCUGUGGUGAAAGAAAAAACACUUAAGCAAAACAUGGUCAGGUCAAAGUGUCUAAAUAAUUUUUGGUCCCAAUUUUUUUUUUUUUAUCAGUUUUACUGGUAGUCCACUGUGUGAAUAAUUUUGGGGUAUAAUAUGUCACAGUUUACUUUAUUUGGCUAUACUCACUUAAAUAAAUGAACUACAGUGUCCUGUACCCACUAGUAAAAAAAAAAUUCCAAAAAGUAUUAUGUGUCUGAAUAAUUUUUGGUUUGACUGUGGAUUAAUUCUUGUUAAAACUACAAAGUAAUUCAGUCAAGAGCAGUGAGUGAUUUUCUUUCUUUCAUUUUCUUGGAUUAACAUUAAGGACACUUGAAGAGACAAUGCAUCCAUUAUAAUGAUACACAUCCGAUUUCUUUCUCCACUGUUUACUUUCACUUAAGACAUAACCAACAGUUUUUUCGAGGACACUCUCCAAUAUGGGUAUUUUUACAUAAUUUUGUAUGUAUUUGUCAUGUCGGUACAAGAGCAAGAAGAGGCAAAUUUGGUGUUCAAGCGCUUUGAGACGCGUCUCUCUGCGUGUGCCCUGUGCGCGGGUGCUGAAUUGGGCUCUUUCACAUCCUUUUCAGUUUGCAUGUUUAAACCGCGAUUUGUAUUUGUUUGUUCAGGAGCAGGAGGACGCGAAGGAGAGCUUGGUUCGGUGUUGCUGUCCGCUCUCUGCGUGCGCACCGUAGCCUACUCAGUUGAGUUUUUCCGCGUCUUGUGUUUGAAUGCUUUAAACUCUUUUGAAUGCUUAAAUUGGCAAGGCUUAAAAACAUGUGCAAAUAAUAAGCUUUCGUGAGGAUGCGCAGCAGUGGCCCGUCAACUGUCCUGAGCGUCUUUUUAGACUAGAUUCAGCCAGACCCCCUCUGGCCACUAGUGACGGCCCUGCUUACUAGUGUCGUCAUAUUGCCUGUCCCAAUACCCACACUUGCCGUCCUGACUACUUGAGAGCAGAUGCACAUGACAGGUUGGCAAGACUGUCCCAAGUCUGAAAAAUGCCAAAGCUCAGUGCCAGUAAAGCACAGUAUAUCCCUAACAAAUCUGUAAUAGCUCUUUGGAGCAAUGUUUGAGGUGUAUCCCAUCAUUCAUCAUGUUCAGGAACUCAUGUGCCCUAUAUUUUGAGGUUGAAAAGUUCAAAUAAUUAGACAUGCAUAUAAUUUGGUGGUAAAACACAAAGUGAUACAUAUUUUUUGGUUAUUUAUCACUGCCUUUUAUCACUUAAUUAGCAGCAUCACAAUUACUAAAUCGUGUCAUCUGUUACAUAGGACCUACUACACAUUUAGAAGUUUAUUUUAAAUAAAGUAUUGACAAUUAAAAUGUGUAAAUUGCAGUUUUACAGUGCUAUGUCGUGUACUAUCUGGUUAUGAAAAGCUCACUUAGGCCAAAUCCAGGAAAUGAGAUCGUAGUCAUCAGAUGUGACAUGGCCAGUCAUCAAGUAGGGAACUGGUUCAAUGCAAAGACCGCAAGCGUGGGUAGGAAAGGCCCAAUAUAGACUUAUAAAACCGCCCACUUAGACAGGAAAUGGCUGUCUGAUCAUGUAUCAAUGUUACCAUGUUACUAACCACAUUUCAUUUAGUUUGUAUGUGGUUCAUGUGAAAUACAUGACACCAUAUUAAUAGGCCUAAAGUCACAUUCACACCAAGAACGAUAACUAACAAUAAUUGGUGUCCACAGCAGUAGGCGAUAAUAUUGUGUUUAAGUUAAGUUCAGGUUGAUUCUCAUUGGUGAUAUUGAGAUUCCAACAAUAUCAUUCCUCUCUGAUGUUAUCCUUAUAGCUGUGGUGUGACUUACUUUUCUCUUAGAAUUAGAACGAUUAUUACAACUUUAGUUAUAGUUAGUGCUUGGGGUGAAUGGCCUGAAAAUACAGUUUUGCUUGUAAAUAUGUAGUUUACUUGCUACAAAACAAACUUUUGCCACACAAAAAAGUGAUUAGGUCAUGCUCAAAAGUUAUUUUAUGAACCUGGCCUCCUGUAAACAUGAUUUUGUUUCCUGGUGGACUGAUUUAAAAAGAAAAACGGAGCACAGAGACAAUUUAGAGUCUUUCUCUGGACAUUUGCAAUGGUUGUGUUCCUGUUUUAGGGGCAAAACAUGAGACAUGCCGUCUUGUUAAAACCUGCCGUGGUUGUUGCUUCAAUCCAAGUAUGUUGCCUUUAAAGGCAAUUCCACAUGGACAAGAAUGAACUUCCUGUAUCUUCAGGAUGCCAAGACAAGUGUCAAAUGACUGCAUCUCAGCCUCAAAGUGUAAUGCAGCUUACGUUACAUGUUUUUAUAUGAAUGCACUGCAUAAACUUAAUUUUAACUUUAAUACCAUCUAUGUACCUAAAAUGCUGUAAAAUGUCUCUUUGUAAAUGGCUUUUUCCAAUGAACAAAUUAAAUGUCAA